AUGCUUUUGUUCUUAUCUGAGGUAUAUUCGGCAUAUUUUUCUAGUUCUUCUUUUUAUUUAAGAUCUAAACAGCUCUUCAGGCCGUUUCCUCUGAAAUUAUUCACUGAUUGUGUUUUGGCUUAUAAAGAACGUUUGCUUCAUUCACAAUCGCAGUUAAAGUCGAUACUUAUGAGCAAUCCUGAUUUGAUUCCAUUUUCCGGAUCAAGUGUCACUGAAACACAAAGAAGGAUUGAAGUAGCGAUUGUUAAAACCUUAUCCGUUGCUAUUGAUUCUCAGAUUCAUCUAGAAAAUGACGAUUUUUGUGGCGAGGCUUCAAACGAAGCUCUCUUGUUUGAGUUUAACAAGGUCCUGAAUUCUCUCUACUUCUGCCUACCACUACAACUCAUUUGGGUAAGAAAUGCUACUAUGAAUUUCACCUAUUCAAUGCAGAAAUUGUUUACCCGUGAAAGAGCGCCUGUUGGUAUUCUUCAAAGAGUACUGAUACUCACUCGAAAAAUAUUGAAAAAGGGAUAUUCAAAUGCCGAAAUUAUUGAAUGUGGGUCAACAUGCUGGAGUAAAGCUACCUCCUAUCCGCAAACUCUUAUAGACAACAACGUCAGAGCUGUUUUCAAAAUUACAAUCCCUAUGGUUAUCAAUACACUUCUUAGAGCAAAAAAUCUGGGAAAUUCUACUACAGAAUGUACUCGAUAUAGUGACAAUGAUGAAACCCUAAUGGAGAAUGCUUUCGACCCUAGAACCUUUACUCUGAAUUUAAUCCAGCUGACUGCCUAUGUUCUUGCAACUGGGUGUUUGAGCUUUUCUGAUAACACAUUAGAUAAUCCAAGUGGUUCAUUCAGAAAUGAAUGUGAGACCUUUUGGAGCCUUGUUCUCGGAAAUAUCCCCCGAAUACCAGGAGCAGAUGUGGAAACUGUAUGCCUACUUCUUGACGAUAUAUCCUUGCAGAAUAUUAGUGAUUACGAGUCAGAUGCUGGAAGAAUAUUUCCAGCACUAAUUAUUGUCACCACUUCACUUAUAAACUGCAUAGAGUUUUCAAGUACCGAAGAUUCUGACUUUGGAAAUAAGGAAAUAGUAAUGAGCCUUCUCUUCGGUCUUUAUAAAUGUGUACUUCGUGCUGGAAUUAGGCGCUUCCAACAACUGCCUGUGAUAUUUGCUUUUGAAUGUUUGGCUACGUUUGCGAUGGUUAAACGGUUAGAAUUUCAGUGGUCACCCAUUUGUUUGCAAGCUUCGGAAUUACUAAUUGAUGUCCUUAUUCCUCAAUUAUCUGUACAACAAACUUCUCUUUUGCUUGAUCUUCCUGGGUUUCCUUACCUUCUGCUUUUAGGGAGACCGACUUGGAACGCUCUAGCUAAAAGGAUGAUAUACCAUUGUCAUUCAACCGAGAAUUCUGCAUAUCUUGAACAGAUUAAUAAAAUACCCAUGAACUAUGAGUUGUUGUCUCUGAUUUGGUCUGUAUGGUUUCCUUUGUUGCCAAAUCUUGAGCAACAGAAAGUGGUUAGAAGAUUAAGUGAGACCUUUGAGAAUGGCUGGAGAAUCAUAGAGCGAUCCAAGGAAACUCCCAAGAGUGUCACACCUGAAAACUCUGAAGACGAAAGAUUGUCUCAGUCCGGUGGGGAAAAAUUUGCAUUGCUUGUAGCAGAGCAAUUCAUUUCCCUUCCAACAAAAUUAGAAGUUCCAGCUAGUACUCUCUUCUAUCAAUCUGGUCCUUUUCGAAUAAACCUCCUUCGACUAUUAACACUUGUAGUCCGCUUGGAUAAAAUUUUUCUCAAUCGCUUAUGCCUUGGUCGGUUUAUCGAAACAGUGGUUUCCCUUCUAACUGAUAUAAGAUGUGAGCCAUCCGGAAACUUAUUAAACCUUCUUAGAAUUCUCAACGCUUGUCUGCUAAUGGCUGAUGAAGAUGGUAUAAAUCAAGUAACGCCAUAUAUCCUUGAGCGACUAACUGCGACAAAAUUACCCUGGUUAUAUGCUCGGAGACCACUAUUGAAGAUGACCAAUUCUCCGCUAAUGGAAGAACUUUGUGUACUGGGAGCACUCCUUAUGUUUGGAGAGGGUCCAAAUAAACUUUAUACAACAAUAACUCCAUACCGAGACAACGACAAUGGGGGAAUCUUUUGCCCAGUAUUCACCAUUUCUGAAGUCCUGCUGCAUUGCAUUCGAGGAGGGACAGUGGCGAUGGUUUCCCAAAGAGCGUGUUGCUCUGCAGCCCUUUUACUAAUAUAUGCUCCCAAUGGCUUGCAAAUGGGACCCUGGCCUUCUUACGAGGAGUCGCCAAAGUUUAAUUUCUAUUUAAAGUUGCAGGCAUCGGUUUAUUCAAACUUGUUGGAUCCCACAUUAAAACCAUUUCAAAUAUUACUGUCGUCUCUGCUUGGACGAAUGUUGAAACAAUGCAGCCAGGAGGCUUUAGAUCAAAAAGUUCCGAAAAGAGGGGCUCUAUUUGGGGAAACUAUUUGGAAUCAACUUGUCUUGGAGAAUUUGCUGCUUGAAGAAGUUGAUGAGAAUGAUGAAUUGCCUUAUUCAAUGUCUCUUCUAGCCUUCCUUGCUGAGCUUUUGGCAAACACUCCCAAACUCCUGAUUACAAGUUUAGUUCCACAACUCCUCCAAGACUUAGUUGUGUUCUAUGCUCAGCAGCCUGCAGACCCAAUACCACCUGGUAGUCCAUAUGCUUUGCUUCAAAAAAUUGUUGAUGUCCUUUCAAAGAAUGAGGCCGUCACAUUCCUCACAAACACGUCAAGAAAGGCCAUCAGGGAGAAGCUCCAUAUGGAAGGAUACGCACCUCAAGAGCCUAUUCUACCAUCACUGGGAACUUACAGAAGAUUUCUACUUCCCGAAUUAUCAACAACAUUCUGA